AUGAGCUCACUCAAGUUUGUCGUGUCCUCCUUGGACGCCAUCGCUUCGUCCAAGGAUGCGCAGAAGAACAAGAAGCUUGGUGAGCUGGCCAACACAGCCUUGACGGCCAUCAAAGAGCAGGACAAGCUGCCCGACCCCGACAUUGUCUUCGCCCCUCUGCAGCUCGCUACGAAAACGCACAAUACUCAGCUCACGACAAGCGCGCUCGAUUGCAUCGGCAAGCUAAUUUCGUAUUCCUACUUCUCCGUCCCCGGCGGCAACGGCAGCAAAGACAAUGAAGAACAGGCGGGUGCAGACGCGCCCCCGUUGAUCGAACGAGCGAUUGACACGAUCUGCGAUUGCUUCGAAGGCGAAACCACGGCCCCCGAGAUUCAGCUGCAAAUCGUCAAAUCAUUGCUGGCGGCUGUGCUGAACGAUAAGAUCGUUGUUCAUGGUGCUGGCCUGCUCAAGGCGGUUCGCCAAGUCUACAAUGUGUUCCUCUUGUCCAGGAGUACCAGCAACCAACAAGUUGCCCAAGGUACGCUGACGCAAAUGGUGGGGACCGUCUUUGAGCGCGUCAAGCUUCGCCUACACAUGAAGGAGUCGCGACUGAACCUAAGCCACGGCAGCAACGAAGCUGUUGACGAGGUGGAGCAGGCGGAGCAUGUUGUUGAAGAGGCGGAUCAAGAUCAGGGUCAAGGAGCGGACACACCCGCCACAGAGCUGUCAGAACAGGCGGCCAAUGGAGGCAAACUCACUCUCAAGGACCUGGAGCAUCGCAAGAGCUUUGACGACUCGACAUUGGGCGAAGGGCCAACGACAGUAACGAGGUUAAAAGGCACCCGAGCCCAAGAUGACAACGCUUCGGUGUCCAACAUGUCGGUGCAGAGCAACGCUCAGCAGGAAGACAACGAUGCACUCGACGACGAGGACGAGGUUCACAUUCGCGAUGCGUAUCUGGUCUUUCGCUCGUUCUGUAACUUGUCGACAAAGGUCCUCCCGCCCGACCAGCUGUACGAUGUCCGCGGGCAACCGAUGCGCUCCAAGCUCAUCUCUCUACAUCUCAUACACACACUACUCAACAACAACAUUACCGUCUUCACUUCGCCACUUUGUACCAUCAGAAACUCCAAAAGCAACGAGUCUACAACUUUUCUUCAGGCCAUCAAGUUUUAUUUGUGUUUGAGCAUUACCCGCAACGGCGCGAGCUCGGUAGAUCGAGUCUUCGAGGUCUGCUGCGAGAUUUUCUGGCUCAUGUUGAAGUACAUGCGGCCAUCCUUCAAAAAGGAAAUCGAGGUUAUCCUCAACGAGAUCUACCUUGCUCUACUCUCGCGGAAGAACGGGCCUAUUUCGCAGAAGCUGUACUUUGUCACUGUGCUCAAUCGCCUCUGCGCCGAUCCUCGCGCGCUCGUGGAGACAUACCUCAACUACGACUGCGAUCAGUCGGUUGACAACAUCUACCAAAAGGUGAUCGAGGACCUCUCCAAGUUUGCGACAACACCAGUCGCGAUCACCAGCGUCCACGAACAGGCGUAUGAGGAACUUCGUUUGAAGACGGCUGCAGCGAGCGAAUGGCAGCUGAAGCCCAUACUACCGCCCUCAUUGACAGUGGCGCGCAUCAUCACCCAGCCGGAGGCUGAACCCGAUUACCCGAAGGAGUACGCCAUCAAGAGAUUGUCAUUGGAGGCUUUGGUCGAGGCCCUGCGGUCGCUUGUGAAUUGGUCUGCUGCGGUGCGCACAGACAGCGCGCCGUUGCGAAGUAACCUCGACGAAGGUACACAGAAUCCUUCCAUGGAUGAGCUGCGGCCAUCGCAAGACCCGAGUAUGCUGGAUAAUGUGUCCACGCCGUUAGCCUCGACACCAAUCCUUGAAGAUGACCCUGAUCGGCUCGAAAAGGAGAAGGCGCGCAAGACAGCGUUGACGAAUGCAGUCCGCCAAUUCAACUUCAAGCCGAAGAAGGGUCUCAAAUUGUUAUUGCGCGACGGCUUCAUCCCGAAAGACACCCCCGAAGACAUUGCCAAGUUCUUGUUGACUGAGGACAAGCUUGACAAGACACAGAUCGGCGAGUUCCUUGGCGAAGGUGAUCAAAGAAACAUUGACAUUAUGCACGCCUUUGUCGACCAGAUGGCGUUUGAGAAGACGAGGUUCGUGGCAGCCUUGCGUCAAUUCUUGCAGUCCUUCCGUCUCCCCGGUGAAGGCCAGAAGAUCGACCGCUUCAUGCUCAAGUUCGCCGAGCGUUACGUUCUCGGCAACCCCAAAGCUUUUGCCAAUGCGGACACAGCCUACGUGUUGGCCUAUUCGGUCAUUAUGCUCAACACCGAUCUUCACAGCAGCAAAAUUGCCAAACGCAUGAGCAAAGAGGAGUUCAUCAGGAAUAACCGCGGUAUCAACGACAAUGCAGAUUUACCGGAUGAAUACCUCCUGGGUAUCUACGAUGAGAUUGCAGGUAACGAAAUCGUUCUCACUAGUGAGCGUCAGGCCGCGGCUGCUGCAGGUAACGUGCCAGCCCAGCCAACUGGUAUUGCUGCCGGUCUGGGGCAGGCCUUCUCCAAUGUCGGUCGCGAUCUUCAGAGGGAAGCAUACGUGCAGCAGUCGGAGGAGAUCUCAAUUCGAUCCGAGGCCCUGUUCAAGACACUGUUCAAGACGCAGCGCCGCAGCACUAAAGGCGCGCCUAAAUUCAUUCCCGCGACGUCGUUCAAGCACGUCGGUCCAAUGUUCGACGUGUCAUGGAUGUCCAUUUUCUCGGCGCUCUCCAGUCAGAUCCAGCGUGCUCACAACAUCGAGGUCAACAAGCUUUGUCUUGAAGGUAUGAAGCUCGCGACCAAGAUUGCAUGCCUCUUUGACCUCGCAACGCCUCGGGAGGCCUUCAUGUCGGCGCUGAAGAAUGCCACCAAUCUAAACAACCCCCAAGAGAUGCUGGCCAAAAACAUUGAGGCACUCAAAGUCAUCUUGGAACUGGGACAGACCGAAGGCAACGUCCUCCGGGAGUCCUGGAAAGAUGUCCUCAUGUGCAUCAGUCAACUGGAUCGUCUCCAGCUGAUAUCUGGCGGCGUUGAUGAGAGUGCUAUUCCUGAUGUAUCCAAAGCCCGCUUCAUGCCUCCUCAACGGUCAGAAACACAGGACUCGCGAUCCUCGACACAGUCAAAGCGACCGCGGCAACGUUCAAAUACAGCGUCGCGUGGCUUCUCUCACGAGAUCGCCCUCGAAAGCCGUUCCGAGGAUGUCAUUCGCAGCGUUGACCGCAUCUUCACCAACACGGCACAUCUGUCGGGAGAUGCGAUGGUGUACUUUGCCCGCGCACUGACAGAGGUCAGCUGGGAUGAGAUCAAGGUGUCUGGAUCGAACGACUCGCCUCGCACAUACAGUCUGCAGAAGAUCGUCGAGAUUUCCUACUACAACAUGAACCGUAUCAGGUUCGAGUGGAGUAAUAUCUGGGAAGUGCUGGGCGACCACUUCAACCGCGUUGGCUGUCACAACAACCUGAACAUUGUGUUCUUUGCUCUUGACUCGUUACGACAGCUGUCAAUGCGUUUCAUGGAGAUUGACGAGCUGGCUGGUUUCAAGUUUCAAAAGGAUUUCUUGAAACCCUUUGAGCAUGUGCUCGCUGAUUCUAGCGAGCCGACUGUGAAGGACAUGGUGCUCCAGUGCCUGAUCCAGAUGAUUCAUGCGCGAGGCGAUAACAUUCGCUCUGGAUGGCGGACAAUGUUUGGCGUCUUCACCGUGGCCGCCCGCGAGUCGCACGAGAGCAUUGUUAACUUAGCCUUUGAGAACGUCAACCAGGUGUACAAGACAAAGUUCGGUGUCGUCAUCUCACAAGGCGCUUUCACCGAUCUCAUUGUCUGCUUGACGGAGUUCUCCAAGAACCUCAAGUUUCAGAAGAAGGGUCUGGCCGCCCUGGAGCUAUUAAAGUCGAUCAUCCCCACGAUGCUAAAGACGCCAGAGUGCCCUCUUUCCCAAAAGCACAACCCAGCAGUUGCUGAUGGGAAGUCGCACCAGAAGUCACCAGACGCCAUGAAGAGAACGCAAACCAACACUUCUGUCGAGGAGGGCUUCUGGUUCCCCGUGCUAUUCGCCUUCCACGAUGUGCUCAUGACCGGCGAGGAGCUUGAAGUGCGGUCCAAAGCCUUGGAGUACUUCUUCGACACGCUCAUUAAGUACGGUGGAGACUUCCCGCCUGAGUUCUGGGACAUUCUUUGGCGCCAGCAACUGUACCCUAUCUUCAUCGUGUUGCGAUCGCGUCCGGAGAUGUCGAAUGCAUUGACGCACGAGGAGCUUUCCGUGUGGCUGUCGACAACCAUGAUCCAGGCGCUGCGCAACAUGAUCACGCUGUUCACGCACUAUUUCGAUGCCCUCGAGUACAUGCUGGAUCGCUUCCUUGAACUUCUGGCGCUCUGUAUUUGCCAGGAGAACGAUACCAUUUCGCGCAUCGGCAGCAACUGCCUGCAGCAACUGAUCCUGAAGAACGUGACGCGGUUCACAGAGCAGCACUGGACCAAGAUUGUUGGUGCAUUCUGCGAGCUGUUUGAGAGGACAACGGCCCACCAGCUGUUCACCGCUGCUAACAUCACCGCUACGGCUGCAGCAACUGCCAAUGACGACCUCGACUUUGCCUCCAAUGGCCUUCCACCCGCGACGGACACGGCGCCAGUCGAGUCGCUGAAGAUCAAUGGGACCGAAGAGGCCAUUGCAGAUACAGAUUCGGUACAAGACGGUGGACCCAAGACAGUCGACGGAGAUGUUCGAGCGCCCGGUGCGCCUGACACUCCUCUCGAAGAGUUCAAGCCGUCUUCCAACCUCCAGCAGCAGCCUGUGGUCGUGACUGCCGCGCGCCGUCGCUUCUUCAACCGCAUCAUUUCGCGCUGUGUGCUGCAGCUGCUGAUGAUCGAGACGGUCAAUGAGCUUUUCAGCAACGACGCUGUCUACACUCACAUUCCGUCCACCGAACUCCUACGGCUGAUGGCUCUUCUCAAGCGUUCCUUCCAGUUUGCUCGCAAGUUCAAUGAGGACAAGGAGCUUCGCGCCCGUCUUUGGAGGGAAGGCUUUAUGAAGCAGCCUCCCAAUCUUCUCAAACAGGAGUCCGGUUCUGCGGCGACGUAUGUCUCCAUCUUGUUCCGCAUGUUUGCUGACAACGACCCGGAGCGUCUUAAGUCGCGCCCGGAUGUUGAGGCAGCACUCGUGCCGUUGUGCCGCGACAUUGUCACAGGCUACAUUGCCCUUGAGGAGGAGUCGCAGCAGCGGAACAUUGCCGCCUGGCGGCCGGUGGUCGUCGACGUGCUCAAGGGAUACGCGGAGUUCCCUGAGGACGCCUUCAUCCGAAACAGCGUCGAGUUCCAUUCCAUGUGCGUGGACCUCAUUGGUGGAGACACGAGAGAGCUGAGCAUGGCGAUGAAGAGGGUACUUCGGAGAAUCGAGGAGGUCGGCCUGGCUGCUUCUGGUAGAAGGCCCAGUGUAACGAGUGAGGCGAGUCAACAGUAG